CUAAUUAAACAUUUUGUUUGCAUAUAAUGUUUCGAUGAUUUUAUCAUAUUUAUAUAAUAUUAUUAAAUUUAAAAAAUGCAGUCUUAUUUUAAUGAUUGGACUUUUCAUUUUAUACGUAAAUAUAAAUAUAAAUAUAAAUCUAUCCAUAGAGAGAUUAUGUGAACUUCAUAAAUGUCCUGCAUGCUAUGGCAUUUCUGAAUGUAAUUAUAUUAAAAAUAUAAAUAUUACAUUGGACGAUAUAUUUUCUUUAAUUAAUUAUUUAUUUGGAGUAAAAAAUGUUUUUAUGGGAAAAUAUUUCGAAACCAAAGUUGUAUUGAAAAAAUUAGCACAUACGUCAGAAUUGAAAGCAUUUGAUGAAAUGCUUUGCGAAAAUAAGAAUUUACAAUUUCUUUGUAAAAAUGAUUUGAAAAUAAAUAAUCACAGUUCUCAAGUUGAUUUUUAUGAACUAGUUAAAAGAAAAUUAAUCUCUAGUUUUACGCAAGAUGAUAAUAGUCUUUUAAGGCUUUGUCCAAGUGAUAGAAAUAUAGAUACUCUUUUUCAUAAUUUAUAUGCUAAAAAUAAAGAAUUGGAAUCAAAUAAUUUUUAUAUUAAUUUGUGGACAUUGGUGACGAUUAAUCCAGAACCACUUUUGCUUCAGAUAUUACCUGAAAGCAAAGGAUGGCCAGUUCCAAAAUAUUUAGGCUCUUGUGGAAGAAUUAUUGUUGAAGAAUAUGUAGGAUUACCAAUUAUAACUUAUUAUGAUGCACCUUGGAUUUAUAGAGCAAAGAUAGUUUCAAGUCUUUUAAAUGCUGCAUAUAUGUUUACGUUUAAGAAUAAAGAUUUCGGAUUUUAUUUGACUGAUAUUUCUAUAGAUAACAUAGCAAUUAAUUCAGAUGGCAUUGCCAAAUUUAUUGAUUUAGAAAAUAUCAUUGUUGUUGAUAAAAAUAUAUUGGACAAAGAUAAAUCUGCAACAUGGUAUAAAAUACAAGAGAAUACGAUUGAUAUUAAUUGCUUAAAUUGUUUUCCCUUCUCUUCUAUAGAUAUUUGCAAUCAUCAAUUAAGUGAUCACAAUUAUUAUGCUAUUUGUCGGAUCUUAUUGUCACCAAAAACUAGUGAUACUUUAAUUCCUGGUGGCUUUUUACAUGACAUACCUAAUAAUAUUUUACAACAAUAUCCAAAUUUGGAAUAUUUAAUAAAGCAAUGUGCUGUUUAUGAUCAAUUACAGAAUCGAAUUAAUAAAGGACAACAUCUUAAACUACUGUUAGAUACUAUCAUAGAAAAAAAUAAUAAAAUAGAGGUAUAUAAUUUUAUAUAAAUAUAAUUAAAGAAUUUUAUAUUUUAUUAAAUAAAAAUAAUAAUUUCUA